UUCUUCAUGCUUAAAGUCAAAUCGGAGAAGACGUUGUUUCAUUGAAUUCGAAUUUGUUUGUUAAUUCGAUUUCACCGUCGCCGGAAAUGGCUCCGAAGUCGAAAAAUGCAGCAGUCUCUGAUGUCGUUAAUCUCGACAGUGACAGUGACAGUGAUGACGGAGUAGGAGGAAGAGGAGCUUUUAGAAGCAUGGCGUCGCUAAUGGAGAAUCAGCAAGUUCCAAGUACAAUCGCUGAUGCUGCGACGGUGGCUCCUCGAGAAACCCUAGAAUGCCGGAGUUUCUGGAAAGCCGGCGAAAACUUUGCGAUCCCUACCGGUGUUACCCCAACUGCUUCCGGUUUGCUUGAGCAUGCUCGAGUACAUCCAAAGUUUCUUCACUCGAAUGCUACUUCACACAAAUGGGCUUUUGGAGCAAUCGCCGAGCUACUUGACAAUGCUGUUGACGAGAUACAAAAUGGCGCUACGUUUGUUAAGAUUGAUAAGAUCGAUAUUGUCAAAGAUAAUUCUCCAGCUUUAGUAUUCCAAGAUGAUGGCGGUGGGAUGGAUCCUGAUGGACUCAGAAAAUGCAUGAGCUUAGGCUACUCAUCAAAGAAGUCUAAUACAACAAUUGGACAGUAUGGAAAUGGUUUCAAGACAAGUACCAUGAGACUUGGAGCUGAUGCUAUCGUUUUUAGUCGCUCAAGUCGUGGAGGCAAAUCUACUCAGAGCGUUGGUCUUCUGUCUUACACGUUCCUCAGAAAAACUAGUCAGGAUGAUGUCAUUGUUCCUAUGAUUGAUAUUGAUAUAUCCAAGGAGCGACCACAACCAAUUAUCUAUGGAUCUCCAGAAGAUUGGGCUGCCAACCUUCAAAUUCUACUCAAAUGGUCUCCGUUUUCUACAGAGGAUGAACUUUGGCAGCAGUUCGUGGAAAUUGGAACACAUGGAACAAAAGUAAUUAUAUACAACUUGUGGCUUAAUGAUGAAGGAAUUUAUGAGCUGAGUUUUGACGACGACAGUGAGGACAUCCGGCUCCAAGAUGAAGGUGUCCAUGACGGGAAACGGUUGCCCCAUAAAGUAUUGGAACUGAGAUCUCAUAUAUCAUACCAAUUACGUUACUCUCUGAGGGCUUACGCUUCAAUGUUAUAUCUCGAGAAGUUCGAAAAUUUCAAAAUUAUACUACGAGGAAUCCCUGUGGAGCAGUUCAACAUUGCUGAUGAACUCAGAUAUUCGAAGAUUAUAAAGUACAAGCCCUAUAAAGCUACUAUGGAACAAGCUACCACUAAAAUCAAAGUUGGAUUUAUAAAGGAGGGGCCUAAGCUUGCAGUUUGUGGUUUCAAUGUUUAUCAUAAAAACCGUCUCAUCCGGCCUUUCUGGAAGGUCACUAUGGACGGGUCAUCAGUUGGACAUGGUGUUGUCGGAGUUCUUGAAGCAAACUUCAUAGAACCAGCCCACGAUAAGCAAGAUUUUGAGAGGUCGUCUCUAUUUCAGCGGCUGGAGGCGAGGUUGAAAAAGAUUGUCCAUGAUUACUGGCAGAGCCAUGUCCAAGUUUUUGGAUACAAUAUUUAUAAAGUGCCUGCAGCUGCUGUUAAGUCGAAAAAGAUAGCAAUACGUGAUCAACCACCUACUGUUAAUACAUUCAAUCCUUUACCUUUGCCUUGUGAUAGAAUCAGUCAAGGUGGUCCGAUAAUACGUGAAAUCAGUCUUAGUAAUGCAACUUCAAGCCGAACAGUUGCUGUUGCAGCGCCACAUUUGAAAAAUUCCACGGGUCUUAGAAGUAACUUCCAACCAGUGCAGCUCAGCCCUCAACCUGCAGCUACCGUAAGUGAAAUAUCUUCCCAGCUGGAUACUGAAAACAACCUUGUUGGCAUGUCUGCGGAUGAGAUAAGCGAAGAGAACAUGCAACUCUUCAUGAGGUGCGAGGAAUAUGUAAAGAAAGAGACUGAAAUGGAACAGGCGGUAAGUAACUUAGAAAAGGAACUGGAAGAAACUAAAAGUAAAUGUGCACGACUUGCACUGCUCGUGGAUGCUAAGAGGAGGGAGAUGCAACAGGUUUAGUAAAAAAAAAGUUAAUACUCUCUGGAAUCUAAAGAAAAAGAACACUAGUUUAAUUUUGCUUAUACAUAUAUAUGUGGAUUUGUCAGGAAGACAGUUAGGAUCUAACGCAAGUCUCUGGAAAUAGUUCUACUUAAAGUAUCAUAACUUCAGAUUGUAUGAACCAAAUUCUCUUGCAGAGUUAACUAGACUUGAUAUCGACUAA